AUGGCGUUGCUGCUGCGGCUCGGCUGCUCGCUGCUGGCGCUCAGCACCUGCCUGCUGCCGCGGGCGCGGGCGGACUGCGGGCGGGACUGCGCGGCCUGCGCCUACCGCCUGGGGCCCCGCGCCGACAUCCACCCGCUGGCAUGUACACUAGAAUGUGAAGGAAAGCUGCCUUCUGCCAAGGCCUGGGAAACCUGCAAGGAGCUGCUGCAGCUGACAAAACUGGACCUGUCUGAGGAUGGAAACGCUGCUCCAGGAGACAAAAAAGAGCUGGAUGAGAACCAUCUGCUUGCCAAGAAAUAUGGGGGCUUCAUGAAGAGAUACGGGGGUUUCAUGAAGAAAAUGGAUGAGCUCUACCACCCAGAGUCAGAGGAUGAAGCUAAUGGAGGAGAGAUCCUGGCUAAGAGGUACGGAGGGUUCAUGAAGAAGGACUCAGAUGACGAUGCCCUGGCUAAUUCCUCUGAUCUGCUGAAGGGGCUUUUAGGAGCAGGGGAUAACCCUGAAGCGGCGCAUUACCGAGGAAUAAAUGAAAAUGAUGGAGACGUCAGCAAAAGAUACGGCGGUUUCAUGAGAAGCAUAAAGCGCAGUCCAGAACUGGAAGAUGAAGCCAAAGAGCUGCAAAAGAGAUACGGUGGUUUCAUGAGAAGAGUGGGCAGGCCAGAGUGGUGGCUGGAUUACCAGAAACGGUACGGCGGCUUUCUCAAGCGCUUCGCUGAUUCCAUUCUCCCUUCAGAAGAAGAUGGGGAAACUUAUUCCAAAGAGGUCCCAGAGAUGGAAAAGAGAUACGGUGGAUUUAUGAGAUUUUAAUACCUUUCCCUUUAUCCCUUUUGUCCUAAAUGAGAGAGACUGCCUUAUUGGUCAUAACUUAUUGUAAUGUGUGCUUGUAUUGUACAGUUUUUUUACCGUCCUGGUUAAUGAUGCAACCUGUGAUCUAUUGUUCCAGGUCCUGUGUUCUUUCAAGUCAAAUAACUAAUUCCUGGUUUAGUCAAGUUUCAGUCCGUGCUGUAGUUUCCAUGCUAAAAUGAUUUUGAUUACUGUAUUCAUUUUCUUUAAACAGGAAGUACGUCUACAGUAGAAUUGCU